AAGCCGUCCAGCAGUGCUCGUCGGUGGUGUGCGCAGGCGCGGUGCUAUCUCUAGGACGGUUCGCUAUUUGUGUUACGGUAACGGGCUUCUGAAAAAUCACUGCCAUGUCCCUGCACGGGAAACGGAAGGAAAUCUAUAAGUAUGAGGCGCCAUGGACCGUGUACGCCAUGAAUUGGAGCGUGAGGCCGGACAAGCGGUUCCGGUUGGCCCUGGGCAGUUUUGUGGAGGAAUACAAUAAUAAGGUUCAACUGGUUGGUCUGGACGAGGAAAGCUCAGAGUUUAUCUGCAGGAACACCUUUGAUCACCCAUAUCCCACCACAAAGCUUAUGUGGAUUCCUGAUACUAAAGGGGUGUACCCAGACCUACUGGCAACAAGCGGGGACUAUCUGCGUGUCUGGAGGGUUGGUGAGACCGAGACCCGCCUGGAGUGUCUGCUGAAUAAUAACAAAAACUCUGACUUCUGCGCUCCCCUCACCUCCUUUGAUUGGAACGAAGUAGAUCCUAACUUACUGGGAACUUCCAGCAUUGACACAACAUGCACCAUCUGGGGUCUGGAGACAGGCCAGGUACUGGGCCGGGUCAACUUGGUGUCUGGUCACGUGAAAACACAAUUAAUUGCUCACGACAAAGAGGUGUACGACAUUGCGUUUAGCCGAGCUGGAGGGGGGCGAGAUAUGUUUGCCUCUGUGGGAGCCGAUGGUUCGGUAAGAAUGUUUGAUUUGCGUCACCUGGAGCACAGCACCAUUAUCUACGAAGACCCCCAACACCACCCCCUGCUCAGACUGUGCUGGAACAAGCAAGACCCCAACUAUCUUGCAACCAUGGCCAUGGAUGGGAUGGAGGUAGUGAUUCUGGAUGUACGAGUGCCCUGUACACCUGUGGCCAGACUGAAUAACCACCGUGCUUGUGUGAAUGGCAUUGCCUGGGCCCCACACUCCUCAUGUCACAUCUGUACAGCAGUAGCGGACGAUCACCAAGCCCUGAUCUGGGACAUCCAGCAAAUGCCGCGGGCCAUCGAAGAUCCUAUCCUAGCAUACACAGCGGAGGGUGAAAUCAACAACGUCCAGUGGGCAAGCACCCAGCCAGAUUGGAUCGCUAUCUGUUACAACAACUGCUUAGAGAUCCUCCGAGUCUGACUUUAUUUAUUCCAACCUACUACACCCUAAAUUCUCAUCGCCCCCAUCCCUGAAUCCAGGAUUUUUAUACAUCUUUAAUGUGCCCUUUGUUACCCAAAAAGGAAAACAUGAAAUAUCCAUUUGUUGUCUUUGGGACUUUAUUCAGCACGCUAUGCUAAGGUGCAGGUGCCAGGGGGAGAGGUCAUCGAGCUACUCUCUAUCUACUGAUACCGUGUGGUUUGUCCUAAGUAUGAAUAGGCAGGAGAAGGGUGGGGAUGCAUUAACCUGGUCGAGUCUUUAUUUUAUUUACUCAUCUGUGUAGAUGAUACAUUAGACAUACUGUAUCUCGUGUGUUUUAAUGGUAACAUUUAAACGAGGGACAUUUUUUGCAACCUCUUUGCCUGUAACGAUGCCUAUGUAUGCAUUUAAUAUUGCUGUGUUUGUAUACCAA